GAAAAGCUAUAUUUUUCAGAUUCUCAAAAGAAAAGAUCAUUAAGAACACUUAAAACCAACUGAACGCCCAAAGGAAAGCAUAUGUUUAAUACUGUAAAGGUUUAAGAGGAAUUCUUCAUCCUAAAUUCAGCAAUGACAAUUUGAACUUAUCUAAAAUGACCCGGUCUAGGAAGAUUAAAGCUCCAGAAGAUAAUCAAAGGAGGUCUGUCUCAUCUUCUGACGAAGAUGAAAGUCAAGAUGGGUUUGAUUUGACUGAAAGCGAACGAGAUAUGCAAAUAAUGGAAGAAAACACUGUAGAUGCAUCACCAAAUCUGGAGGAUUCACCAGAAAAUUCACAAUCCGUUGAAUCUAAUAAAUCCGCAGAUUUCUCGGAGGAAGACGAGUUCGUGGAUUCCAUCGAGGUUAAAGAUCCUGCAUCAUAUUCUCAAGUGGUGGGAGGGAUUGGGCAGAGGACUCCUGAGAGGACGAGUUUGGAAGAUUCAAAUCUACUUGAUGCAAUUCUAUCUUCACCAAUGGAACCAAAAUCCCAAAAGUUGAAAACUGGAGUGCCAAGUACUGCAGUAAGAAUGGCUCCAGUUUUGUUAGGGCCCGCCCCCUCCUCCUCGGAGCCUGGGUCCGGGGGUCUGUUAGCCCCACCUGAGAUAGAAGAUGAAUUCCUUCAAUCCUCACCUAACCCUCCAGAAGAAAUGGAGUGUUGCGACGAUGAGAUGCAAUGUUACCUUGAGAUUAUUCCUGAGCAAGGGGAGUAUAAAAUACAAGAUUCUAGAGAUGCUUCUGAGGACGAAAGGAUGCCAUCUGAUACCAGUAGAUCAGCUACUCCUCUACCCAACACAAAUAUCAGCUCAGCCACGCCCCUUCCCUUCACUCCUAUAACCCAUGCCACGCCCCCUGGUCCAACACCUGAGGGUAAACGAGGGCGUGGCCGACCAAAAGGAGUAAAGAAUAAAAUUAAAAUAUCUGUGAAACCUGGUGCUGGGUUUACUAAAUCAGGAAAUGAAGUUGAUGAAGAGUUGGAGAGUUUAAACAGUAGUGCUACAAGUACACCUCGGAACCAGUCUCCAAUAUCACAGGUUCCUGUAUCUAAACAGUUGGAGAAAAUGAAGAUUCACAACAAAAGAAGAAACUCCCAGGACAAAGGACGACAAGAUCACGAGCCUGUUGACCUGCUCAACAGUAAUAAUCGUCCUAAACCACGACGACGGACGAGUAAAUUUAGUGAAAGUGAGGAUAGUACCGUUUCUACAGAUUCCCCGCUAAAUCCGCGAAAUUUUAGCAAAGUUUACACCGGCGGGGUUCACAGUGUACAUAUAGUACAGGGAGAUCAGGGAGUCCACAGUUCACAAGACACCGAGACCAAUGAAAUUACUUCCAGUAGAAUGGAGAUAUCGAGUGAAAUAACAGGAUCCCCCCGGGAAGAACAACCACUUAUACCCAAGAGCUAUCUUCAGAAGAAGAAAUUGGAAGAAAAUAAAGAGAAGGAGAAGAAGGAGAAGGAAGAUAAAGAAGAGGAGAAGAAACUAACCCCGGAAGAGAGAAGAAGACAGGAAGAGGAGGAUAGAAGAGAGUUGGAGAAAAGAUUAAAAUCGUUUAAACACAUCACAGAGAACUUAUAUUUGUUUCCGAAGAAAAUCAAUAAACAGUUUAGGUGA